AUGACUACAAUAAGAGAUUAAUCAAGCUGGAUUGAAAUAGAAAAAUAAAAGAAUUUAUCUAACUUGAAAACUAUAGCCUUUGCUUCAGCAGCUCAUGAAUUAAGGAAUCCAUUAAAUGCCAUAAAUUUCUCACUUUAGGUGCUCUAAGGCUUCAAAUAAGAACAAGAUGCAAAAGAUUACAUGAAAACUGCUCUUAAUAGUUCCAAAUUGAUGUUAUCUUUGAUUAAUGAUAUUCUAGAUUUCUCUCAGUUAGAAUCUAAUAGCUUGAUACUUAACAUAUCAGAGGUAUAUAUAGCAGAAAUUCUGAAGGAUUGUGCUGCUAUUCUUGAAUUAAAAGCAAAUAUGAAAGGAAUUAAGUUAAUAGCUACAUUGUCUGAAAAUUUUCCAGAUAUUAUUUAUACAGAUCCAAAUCGUCUACAAUAAAUAAUAAUAAACCUAUUGUCCAAUGCAGUCAAAUACACUCAAAAGGGUUUCGUGAAGGUCUCUGGAACUUAUCAUUAAAAUGAGAAUCUCAUUCAUAUUGAGGUAUUAGACUCAGGCGUAGGAAUGGAUGACCAAUAGAUUUCAAAACUAUUUUAAGCAUUUACCAAAAUACAAUCUAAUAGACAUUUGAACAAAGAGGGAGUUGGUUUGGGGUUAACAAUUAGCAAAAAUCUUUCAAAAGCCUUAGGAGGAGAUAUUACAGUUAAAUCUCAAAUAAACAUAGGCUCAUCAUUCACACUAAAGUUGCCAAUGAAUAAAAUGAUGAUGAACCAUCAAUGUAUAGAGUUUAAGUCCACGUAAUGCCAAUCUAAUCUGCAAGUUAGAAAUGCUUAGUUAUCAUAAAGUGUAGAUCUUGGCACUAUAGUGACCUCAUAAAAUAACUCAAUAAAUCUUGAUAAAAAUCUUAGAAAACUACAUGAAAAUUUCGACUAUUAUAUAACCGCUGAGGAAAGAUAAUUAGGUCUAUCAAACUAAGAUAUAACAGUUGAAUUUGUUGAUGAAGAAAAUUAGCUAAAAUUGGCUUCUAAAUAAUGUAGAAAGAAAUUCAGUUUGCAGUUGGAAGAGGAGAGAUAAAUUUAUGUGAAUUCGAUAUUCAAAUAAACAGGAAGCUAAUUAACGAAUUUUAAUAGAUAUAGCGAAUUAAAGAUAAAUGACUAUGAUUCAAAUAGAGAGUUCUAGUUAGGAAGUCGCUCCUAAUGUUAGUGCCCUAGGAUCCUUUUAGUCGAUGAUGAUCCAUUUAAUAUUUUCGCCUUGUAAGGCUUGCUAAAUCAUCUUUAAAUUUAAUCCUUUGACAAAUGCUUUAAUGGAGAGUAAGCAAUUGAGAAGGUUAAAUAAUUGUUCAAUAUGAGAUGUGAAGAUCAUCAUCAAUUGAAGUUAAUACUCAUCGACAAUCAAAUACCAUCCAUGUAGCUUCAAAAAGAAUGA